UUUUUUUGUGGCUGCACGCGCGAGGACAAGGUCAUUUAAUUUUGUCACUAACACUAGCAGUCAGUCCACUAGUACACUAGCGCUUCGUGAUGCAUUUAUAAGUCAUUAUAUUUCUGUGAAAUCCAGGCAGUCUAGUAACAGAACACAUUCCUGGGGCUAUUGUCACCGCCCUUUUGUCAUCUGUACCUGUCGGUACUCGGAGCUGCCUGACACCGAAGCAAAACAAUAGGCUAUUAAAAACUGAAGACCCGAUUUCUUUGGUGCAAAAAGUUCCUUCAUUAUCAUACAGGCACGACACAGCAGCUAGACAAUUAAAUGUCGAGAAUUCAAAUGAUGAUGCGCUCCUUUGAAGUUCUUGCUGCCUUACUGGCACUCAUCGGCAUUGCCAAGGCCUGCAGCCUAACUGACGAUUGGAAAUCCCAGUCAAUAGAGGAGCGAGCCAGCGUGCCGCAGUGGGUAGUCUACGGCACAGUGGUCAGCGAUCAGUACCCACCGCCAGAUGCCGGUACGGGUGUUAACCAGAUCUACUGGGUCGUGGUCCAACCCCUGUGCUGGCUGAAACGAGGGCCCGAAGUUGACUUCCAGCCCAACGACCGCACAAGGAGGGCAGCCGAGAACACCAACGCAACCGACCACAUCGUUGAGUUUGAAAACAUCACCGUCGCGGAGGAAGCCCCUUGUGUUUUCAACGACCUCAUCCGGGGGAAGAAGUACAUCUUGUUACUCACUCAGGGCACUUUCAGCAAUUUCACCAUCGACGAUAUCAACACGGAGUCUGGCGCCUUUGAGGAACCGACAGAGGAAACCUUUGAGGCUGUCCACCGUGGCAUCGACGCGGGUCUCAAGGGGUACCCUGAGGGGGAGUGUCUUGAAGGGGUCGAGAUACCUUGUUUUACUGGAGAAAGGGAUCCGAAAGUCUGUAACGGGGGCGUGACCGUGGGCGCGGCCGUGUGGUUCUUGAUCUCAGCAAUUGUAAUGGCUGUAUCUGUAUAUUGAUCUGAUCAUCAGGGAAUACUUACCUCAAGAUAAAUUGUUUUUAAUCUAAAACUUAAAAAUCUUUACUAAAAAUGAAUCUGUAUAAACAAAAUAUUUAAUCCAAAACAACCAGUGUACGACAACGUGAUUGCCAAUUACUUGACCUUUACUUGUGUAUUUUGCACUUAUUUGUGUGUGUUUCAUACUUUUUUUUAUUGGGACUAAAAAAGCUCAAUGAAUUUGGUACCAACAGUAUGUUCAUGCAAGUUUACAUAUGACUGGUUUAUUUUCAAGGACAUUGACCAUAAAUUUCUUAGAACUUUAUAUUUUUCUAGCAAAAAAUGUACGACUGCCAAACAACUGCCAAUUUGUGGUCUUGCCGCCAAUUUUAUUUGAAACCCCAACACACUAAAUCAAAGAAAAAAUAUUCCAACUACUGAUUUUUACCCGAAACUUUGUUAUAUUUUUUGUCAUAUGAAUUUGCACGCAAUUUGGUAUCGUGUUGAUCCAAUAAUUUGUUUGAUAUUGUCUCAGUAGUCAGGGUUCAGUUUAAAACAAUUUAUCAUUUUAUGUACAUGUAUGCAGAGUGUAGCUUAAGAUUUUAAAUAUAAGAUUUAUACGAUUUCACAGUUGAAAUGUAAAUCAGUAGUGGAAAUUUUGAUAUAAAUUCUAAAAUUGUAGUUUAUAGCUUCGAUGUGCAUAUCAUUACUACCUCUGGACGCAAGAAUAUUUUGUACUUAAA